GCACGUGAAGAAGUUCAAUGCUGCCCUUUUGAGGCUCAGCCUGAGCACCCAGCCGCGCGAGCUCCCUUCUCUUCCCCCCACCUCGCGUCCCACGCUCACAUCGGCCCCACGUCCCUCUCAUCGGCAACUCGUCUUCACACACCGCAUCUACGGCCCCCUUGCUGCCGGUCCGCGCACCAAGAGUCCGAGUGUGUGACCGGCCACGCUCUGCGUUCUGCCGCAACAGACACGACCUCGCACUUUGCCUCCAGCUGCUGAGCCAUCGCCGAUCAUGUCGAGCGCCAACGCUCCACUCGCCUCGUCCUCUUCUCUUCACGCCGCUCCCUCCUCAACCUCAAUAGAAGCUUCAUCAGCAGCGCUCUUCGCCUCGCUGCUGCGUGCGCCGCGUGCGCGUGCGCCUGCCUCCUCCGCAGCCGUGUGCGGCGCAGACGAAGCCGCGUCGGCCUCACACUUCACCUCCCGCGUCCUCGGCCGCCGUCUGCAACUGUCCAACCCCGAGCGAGCGCGUCCUGCUGCGCCGUCAGGCACACUCGCGGCGCGCAAGCUGCAGCGCCGAGAUGUGCGCGUUGCCAGAGAGGAGCGCAGAGUGAGGGAGGGCAAGGCCGACAAGGGCAAGGAGGAGGUGGGAGCGAAAACGAGACUAGAAGAAGAGAGGAAAGAGAAGGGAAGGAAGGAGAAAGGCGUGCUGAGUAGAAGGGAGCGAAAGAUGUUGGGCUUGGAGCCGAGCAGCGAGAGAUGUUCAUAUGCCUCUCUCCUACCCAUUCACGCACUCUGGCGUCCUUACGCUCAAGCAUUGCUGGGUCUGGUAGACGUCGAAGGCAAGCCGGUGCCGAGUGUUCUCUCGCCCGUUCUCGAGCCGGCAGUCGCAGACGACAGCGAGGGGCAGAGAGAGAAGCAAUGGCGCUGGCACGUCCAUCCCCUCGCCAUGUCAACGAUGCAAAUGAGCUUGGUCAAGGCUGAAUUGGCCGGGUGCUGGAUCACCGUCUCACGGUCAGCGAACCCCGCGCUCGUCGGCAUCUCGGGCCUCUUGGCGCGUGAAACAGAAGGCACCUUCGUCAUUGUUGCUCCUCCACGCCGGCCUCAAGCGACGGGUGGCACGAGAGAGAAGAGAGAUGGAGGUCGGACGUUGGUCCCAAAGCGCAACACUACCUUUCUGAUCUCCGUGCCUCUGCCCCCUCUGCCUUCUCUGCCUUCCCCCGCGUCCUCAUCGGCAUCAUCGCUUGCCGGCGCCUCGCAGCCUGGCUCCGCCGCUGCCGCUGCUGUGCAGACGCUCGACUUUCCGCUGCACGGCCAGCAGAUGUGCUACUCGCUCGCGGCGCGUGCGACGCGCAAGUUCAAGGGCAAGAGGAGCAUUGAUGUGUGACAAUGCGAUCCCGCGACAAGAGCAUUUGCAGGCAAUUUGCGCCGCCAAUUGCGGCCCAAAGAGGCGUGCGGAGCGAUGUGUCGAGCUUGGUCGAUCGGCGGUGCCGCUGUUGCAGAGAUGAGAUGCACGCAUGGGCGACUGAGGGAGCUGGCGAUCGCUGAUCGAUGCAAAGGGGAGCGCUGCGCCGUCGCCU